AUGGAUGAUGAGUUAAAUGUCACUUACAUUGUUUUAGAUGGAUAUGUGGAACUUGGCAAAUAUAAAUAUGUUUAUUUUUUUAUUAUGUUUAUUUCCUAUAUUCUAAUCAUCUGCUGUAAUUUGACAAUUGUGUACCUGAUCUGGAUUCACAAAAACCUCCACGAGCCCAUGUACAUCUUUAUUGCAGCUUUGUUGCUUAACUGUGUUCUUUACAGCACGAGUAUUUAUCCAAAGCUUCUGACUGACAUUUUAUCUGACAAACCGGUCAUAUCAUAUCCAGCCUGUCUCUUCCAGUUUUUUAUAUUUUACUUCAUAGGCCCUUCAGAAUUCUUUCUCUUAGUAGCCAUGGCCUAUGAUAGAUAUGUGUCGAUAUGCAAACCCCUGCAAUAUCCAACUAUCAUGACAAAAAACACUAUAAUUAUAUUCCUGGGUUCAGCUUGGUUUGUACCUGCUUUGCAUUCUGCAGUCGCAGUAACACUUCUCAACAGUGCUAAAGUUAAAGUCUGUCAUUUUUAUUUAAAAGGAAUAUUUUGUAACAAUGCAAUUUACACACUUCACUGUGCAACACCAAAGCCAGUUACUAUAUUUGGGAUGUUUGCUGUAUUUGCUGUUGUAAUACUUCCAAUGCUCUUCAUUGUUUUUACAUACACACGAAUACUGAUAAUAGCCUAUCGAAGUUGCAAGGAGGUGAAGAAGAAAGCAGCUGAGACCUGUUUACCCCACCUGCUGGUUUUAUUCAGUUUGACUUGUUUGUGUGUGUAUGAUAUAAGCAUAGUUAGAAUAGAAUCAGAUUUUCCCAAAACAGCACGGAUGAUCAUGGCAUUACAGAUAGUUCUGUAUCAUCCUUUGUUUAAUCCAUUAAUAUAUGGACUAAAAAUGAAAGAAAUCUAUAAACAUCUAAAACAUCUGCUCCGUCAAGUCAAAAUGACCUAA